AUGGAAUUUUACGUCGUUGCGUUUAUCAGAAUGAAGCACGCACUAUAUUGGAAGGAUGUCAUUUGGAUAGUUGUGGUGGAUAUUUUGCAGGCGACAGCACAACACGCAAAAUUUUACAGGCGGGAUAUUGGUGGCCGACACUGUUUGCGGAUGCUCACCAGUUUGCACGUCGUUGUGACCCGUGCCAGCGAAUUGGUCGUCCUACGGGUACAUCCGCGAUGCCGCAUGGAUUGGGACACUAAAUUGUUUGCCGCUUUGUGGGCAUACCGUACUGUAUAUAAACUUACGACUAAUGUCACACCCUUUAAAUUAGUUUAUGGUCAAGAAGCAAUAUUACGUAUCGAAUUCGAAGUUCAAAGUUUGCGCAUUGCAUUGGAGGAACGAUUGGGGGAUACGGAGUCGUUACAAGUUCGUUUCGCACAAUUGGAGCAGUUGGAUGAAACUCGAACCAAUGCCCUAUUGAGACAGGAGGCCACUCAAAGGCGACAGAAAAGAAAAUUUCAUAUUCGGUGGCAUGGGCUGUACAGAGUCAUUGAGGGUUUUCCCAAUGGCUCAGUCCAAUUGGAAGACUUUAUGGGUGCUAAAUUUACCAUGCGUAUAAAUGGAAAUCGGCUACAUCUGUAUACUACAUAA